AUGGAAGAUUGUGAGAAGGUAACUCUUACUGAAAAAGAUCUAUCUCCAAGGAGUAUAGUCCAAGGUGAAGGGAGCAGCAGCCACGACCAACCUGUGGCCAUUACCGACGAGGUGAGUAUUGUAAUUGAAAGCCAUCUGAAGCCACCGCCACCGCACCCCAUCCGCGAUGAGUUCCAAGAUUCCAUAAAGAACGAAGGAGGCGAGUCUAGCAAGAGCGGUGAGUCCUCUAACAACACAAAGCCAGAGCAUAAGGUACGGAGAGUCCCCCAGAUGCUUCGGCAGAUGAAGACCGAGAAAUACUACGAUCCGCAGCUGGUUUCCAUCGACAUAACUGAAUCAUAUAACAAGGUUGCAGAGGUAGCAGGUGAGGCAAGAAGCUGCUAUGCUGAGGGUACAACGGAAGGCAUUGAAGACACAGCCUUCACUGAGAUGAUGGUCCUCGAUGGUUGCUUUAUCCUCCAAUUUGUUUGGUGCAUUGUGAACGAUAAAGAGGGUCAAUUGGAGAUGAGGAGUCUCGAAAUAGCUUUGGUACACCGGGACUUGCUCUUACUUGAGAAUCAAGUUCCUUUUCAAGUCCUCCUGGCACUAAUGAACAUGAACUUCAGAUUUUAUGGACGCAGAGGCAAAGAUUUGAUUAGCAGAUUUAUUCAAAAAAUAAGGGGCAGAAAACCAUCAUUUCUGAAAAAGUAUGUGGAACGGUUAUUUAUAGAGGUUCGCUGGUCACGACAUUACGAUGAACUCGUAGAAAUUUAUAGAAAUAGACAAGUUGGCAAUAUUUAUCAUCAGCAGUACCCACGUCGUUCAGCCAUGGACCUUAAGAUGGUGGGGAUCCGAUUCAGGCCUUCCUAUCGUGAUUGCUUAUCAUACAUAGCAUUCAAGUCUACGCGGACUGGCGGGAUACUGAUACUUCCUAAAAUAAACAUUGACGACACGGCCAUUUCUUUGCUUCUCAACUUGGCCGCCUAUGAACACUGCCCUAAUACCUUAGCUAAUUACUUAUGGGCGACAAAUUAUACAUGCUUUCUAGAUUCAAUCAUUGAUUCUGCUAACGAUGUUAAGGAGCUGAAAUAUGCAGGUAUCAUCACCAAUUUUCUCAGGAACGAUGAAGAAGUUGUGAAAGUAAUCGGUGAAAUGGCUGCUGGGUUGGUCCCAGACUAUAGAAAUUCAAAUUAUUUUAGCGUCAUGCCAAGUAUCGAAGAAUACCACAGCCACAAAGGGAAGACCCGAAUAGCAUCUUGGAUUGCAGAAGUGAUGCGCGACCAUUUUAGGAGCCCCUGGACUGCCAUUGCUGUCCUUGCUGCACUGUUUGCUUUUUUCUUGACCGCCGUUCAGACAUAUUACGCUGCCUUCCCUCGUACUGAUAAAGAAUCCAACUACCUGGAAAACAGUACGCUUAAAAGCAAUGGAGGAUAA